AAAAAUUCUAAUUUAACGGACUGCAACUGUCUAGCUGCCAUAACCUAAACGCCUCCAUUUCCUCUCUUCCCAGCUCCUUAGGGUUUGCUCGCUACCUCAGAACACAACCACUGCCACCACCCCACCGCCAUCUACUCCACCAGCGGAAGCAUCUGGAGCUAAAUAAUCACAAACCCUCUCACAUGGAUAACAGAGGGGAAACUUUGGUUGAUAACAGUCCCGAAGACAUACGCUGGCUCUGUAACCUGUCAGAAUCGGAGCUUGAUAUGCUUAUUACGUUAAAAUCAUUAAUUCUUCAUCGGGCAAAGGUACUCGGUCAUGAUGAACUUGCCAAGAAAUUCGAUUCGCCGACGCUUCGAGCCGUCGGGCUCUUUUUGAUGGAAUAUCUGAAAGGAAAGGUUAAAGAUUUAUCACAUGUUCAAGGCUUGACUAAGCUUGCUGCAUUCUCGGAUUGUUGCAAUCUAUUAAAAGGUAAUCCUGGGGACGACUCCAGCAUUGAAGAGCUGAAGGCUUCCAUCGAUAUUGAUGAAAGAAGGAGACCAAUCAAAAGAGCAGGUGAAGAGGCAACCAAACAGAAGAAACAGAGAUUAUGACAUUAUGUCAGCAUAUCAAGGCAACACUGUUGACUAACAGCAGUUAACCAAUUUCUCAGAGGAAGGCAGGCUUUUUGCUGAUGUUGGCUCCAAAGAUGCAAAACUGUAUCAUAUAUUUUUGCCACGUACUAGUCUUUCUACCCUCCUUUGUGGAUCUUGUAUGUGAACAUGGGAAGAUCUAUAUAUAAAGCAAUCUAAAAAAAAGAAAAAAUUCUCCAAUAGAUUGUUAUUAAUUGA